UGUUUAUGUUACUAGUUACUACUAAUAACUACAUUUUCAAUGAACACUGUUAAUGGAGUGUCAAAUGAUGGUUUGGGGCUGGUAAAUAAUUCACCUGAAAGUUUUUCAGGACACACAAGUUCACAAGAAUUUGAACCUUCAUCACCAUCUAAAGAUGAUGAUAUAAGUAAUGAAGUUUGUGCUCUGUGUAACUGUGGAUAUGAAAUGACUUUAAUACUUGGACAGUUAACUCGUUAUAGAGUAUCACAAAGCACUCUUAAAAAAAGUGAUAAAAAUAAAUAUGAUACUCCAAAAGAGGAGACAGAAAUAUAUUCUUCAGAUUCUUUGAACAAUAGAAAAGAUACCAAGGAGAAAGUAUUUCAUAAACGUCGGCGUAGGAAACAAAGCAUUGAUGCUGAUUUAAAUUUACCUCCUGAUAUGACAGCUUUUGGUACAGCCACAAUGCAAGAGUUUGCUGAUGUCUUGGAUAAUGAUGGUUUUGUGUGGGCUCAUCAUUGUUGUGCUGCGUGGUCUGCAGGUGUUUGCCAAACCGAUUCAUAUGACUUGGAAAAUGUAGAUAAAGCAAUUGCUAAAGCAUUAUUGAAGAAAUGUAGUCAUUGUUUGCGAUAUGGUGCAAGUGUAGAAUGUCAAGUGCAAAGAUGUAGCAAACUUUUUCACUAUCCUUGUUGUGCUAGUGCUGGAGCAUUUCAGAACAUAACAAGCAUGAUUCUUCUGUGUCCAGAGCAUUUAGAUAGAUCAGAAAAAUUAGUCGAUGCUGAAGCCUUUUGUGAUACUUGUCAAAAAUCUGAUAACAUGCAGUCUCAGUUGUUUUGUACAAGCUGUGGUCGUCAUUUCCACAGUUACUGUGUAGAUAUGAAUAUUCCAAUAACUCCAGUUGUACGAAUGGGAUGGCAAUGUUCGUUUUGCAAAGUAUGUCAAGGAUGUAAACAGCCAGGCGAUGAAGAAAAAAUGCUGUGUUGUGAUCAAUGUGAUAAAGGUUACCAUAUUUAUUGUUUAAAUCCCCCUAUAUCUGUAGUUCCAAAGUCAGUUUGGAAGUGUGUUAGUUGUCGUAAAUGUAGUGACUGUGGAUCAUCAAAACCUGGUUCUGGCCCUUCAUGCAGGUGGCAUAAUAAUUUUUCAUUAUGUGAUCGUUGUUAUCAACAAAGAAAAAAAGGUCAAAGUUGUCCCAUAUGUAAACGUGCUGUACGCCUGUUUAACAAUGGUGAUGCUAUACAAUGUAAAAAGUGUUUUAAAUGUGUGCAUGGAGAGUGUCACAGUCCUUUGGAUGAUGGGGCUGAAUAUAUUUGUCCUGAUUGUAUUGAGGAAGAUAAAGACAUAAAUGCUGACAGUUAUGAGAAUGAAUCUAAUUCCUGGUAUGAUCAAGAGUUUCUUUCAUCAGGUCAAAAAGUUGUUUCCAUUGAAGAAGCUGAACUUUUUUCCUUGGCUGCAUCAAUGAACUUUAUAGAUUCUUGUUUACAAUUAGACAAUGACAAUAAAGUUUAUUCAGGUGAUGAGCAAAAGUUUGAUGGAAAAGAGAGUGAGUCAACAUUAGAUUCUCCAUACAGCAGUAGCCUUAUAAGUGAUAGCUAUCAAAGCGCUCAAUCUUUUCGAGGUAGAGGAAGAGGUCAUGAACAAAAAAUGAGAACUUUUAAGAAAUCUUUCAGAGGACGAGGUCAUUUUAGUAGAAAUCCCAAUUACACAAAAGAUUCUCAAAUUACUUCUCAAGAUACAGAAAAAGAAGAAAAAGACCUAUCAAAUAUUGUGAAAUAUUCUGACAAAGCAGAGAAUGGAACCAGAACAGAGGAAGAUGAAGAAAAUGAAGUUGUUGGUCUUCAUUCUACAGUUGUUAUAGUUUCAACUCGUGAUUCAUUUACAUUAAAACAAGAUAUAUGCAUGUGCUGUGGAAGUUUGGGUAAAGGCAGUGAAGGUUACUUAAUUGGUUGUGUGCAGUGUGGCCAGUGCUUUCAUCCUUUUUGUGUAAAUGUCAUGAUCAAUGAAGUGAUAUUAACUCGUGGCUGGAGGUGUUUAGACUGUUCAGUUUGUGAAGGAUGUGGCAGAAAUUCAGAUGAGGGGCACCUAUUGUUAUGUGAUAUCUGUGACAUAAGUUUCCACACAUAUUGUUUGGAUCCUCCCUUAGAAGAAGUUCCUAUUGGUGGUUGGAAAUGUCAAUGGUGUGUAGUUUGUGAAGACUGUGGCAGUAAAGAUGCUGGUUUUGAUAACCUAUGGAUGGCUAACUACACCCAAUGUGGUCCUUGUUCUAGUGAGCAAUAUUGUUCUAUUUGUUCAUAUGCAUAUGAAGCAAACAAUUUAGUUAUUCAAUGUGAGAAAUGUAACAGGUGGUUGCAUGGAGAGUGUGAUGGUCUCUACACAGAAGAAGAUGUCGAACUUGCUUGCAAUUUAAUUUAUCAUUGUAUUAGAUGUCGUCCAAAAACAAAGCACCUUGGGAUUUAUACAAACUUAAAAGCUAGUACAAUUUCUAAAGUCAGUAUAAAAAAAGCUAUUUCUUGUCAAAACCAAAUUCAGAGAAAAACAAAACCAUUAGUAUCUUUAAAAGCGAAAAAACUUUCACGCUCCGAGCUUAAAGAGCAAAAGCGCAUUGAAUUAGAAGCAAUGCCUUUAAUACCUCAACAUGCAGAAAUUAAUGAAUGUGGAACAUUUGCUAUAGAUCUUAGUAACUUAAAAGCUCGUUUGCGAAUGGAUGAUAUCGAAAAACCAAAUUUUCAUUUAACAGAAACAGGUUUAAAAGAAAUAAAAACACAAGUUAUAAGAGCUCCUAUACACAGAUCAAAUCUUCGUAAGGAGCGAAAUAUUUCAAGAAAACGAGAAGAAACCAAAAAUAAUUCAAUUAUGAAUGAAGAAGUUUCUUGUUCCAUAGACCCUGAAGACCCAUCCGCAUCUGUUUUAGGUGCUUCUUUUGAUCUUGAAGGUUUAGGUGUAGAAAAUGAUCUUCUCUCUCCUGGAAUGCUAUCAGUCAAGCAAGAGGAUUUAGAUAUGGAUUUAAUGCAGCCAGACACAACUCAAGAACUUGAUGAUUUUUUGAAUGAUGAGGAAAAUGAAGAAAAUGUGUUUGCUCCUGAGCCAGAAGAUGUUAAUGAUCCGUUUGAGUUUUUUGGUGUUAACCUGUUAGAAAAACAUUUAAACAUGGAAUUAGAAUCUCUUGAAACUUCAACUAAUAGCAAACAGUUAAAAAAAGAAAAGAAAAAAGAACGAAGAAUGAAACGUGCUGCUAAGCUAGCAGAAGCUGCUCGUAUUGCAUUUGAUACAAUGAGAGGGCCAAGUGUUACAGAUCCCAAUGCUAUGACCAUACCCUUACAAAAAAAGCCAGAACUUGUUGAAACUCUUGAUUUAAUUACACCUGAAAUGAAUCCUCAGCUUAUGAUAACUGAACUAGAACAGCCUGCAUCUGAUGUGAAAGUUGAAGAAGAAUUAGAAAAUAAAACUCCCAGUAGUCCAGUUGAUAUUGCUGCUGUUCCUUCUUCUAAUCUGUCACCAAAUCACCCUAUAUCGUUAGAUCAAAAUGAAGAUUCUUCUCAUCUUGAACUAAUGAGUGUUCUUGACCUGCCUCAUGUUGCAGGACAUGAGGUUGAGCAAAUGUUUGCAGGUCUUGAGCAAGAAAUGAAUUCAAAUAAGUUUAUUACCAACAAAAUGUCUAAAUCUGACAUUCCUUCUAGAAUGAUACUUUCAUCUUUAUCAUCAUCAGGAAUGCCACAACCUGGCCUAGAGAAUCAAAUAAAAUAUUCACCAUCUUUAUUGAUGUCAAAUAUUUCUCCGCAUUCUUCAAAUCUAAUACAAAAUAUAUAUCCUAUGGAUAAUGAUUUUGAAGGGAAAAAGUCAGAUGGAAAUGGUUUGAAUCCGAAAAUUGACACACAAAAACAGCUUCGCAAAUGGGAAAUUGAUGAACAACUUGGUGAAAAUGCAACAAUCUCUCCAGUUUUAUAUACAAAUUUAAUGCAUAAAAAUUUAAAGAACGAUUUCAUAGAUUGGCCUAAUAGAGCACGAGCUAUUGCUCGGUUAUGGAGAAAAUUACCUAAUGAGCAGAGAGAACCUUUUAGAAUUCGUGCAAGAGACAAUCGUGUGAAGUUAAAAGAGCGAAAGGGUAUUCGUCGACAUGCAUCAAGAGAGAGUCCAAUGACACAAAAUCCACAAUUGCAAAAUUCUUCUUUACAUGAUUCCCAACAUAAUUCUCAGAUGAAAAAUUCAUCAAUGAUUACUUCUUCAUUUCAAAAUUUACAGCAAAAUAAGAAUUUACACGUCUCUAUGCCAACUAUGCAGAUGUGUAAUCGUUUUGAUGACGGAGAAAUUAUAGGCUCUCCUAAAUAUUCUGUAAGCAACUCUUUAAGUCCAACUGGGUUGACUACUUCUUUACAGGCUAACAUUAGGUCAGGAUUUACUGAAUCUCCUGUGGCAUCUAAUAUAUCUACACCGCCUUCAAUAUUUACUGUUCCAGAACCUCAAAAGUUAUCUCCGCUUUUACAAAGAUUAUCCCCUCAUUGUGCUAUUUCAUCUAACAAUGAUUUAUCACCUCAAUUGGCUAACACUCCAACACAUGCUAAUAUAUCAAGUGCAACAGAACCUACAAAAAUUAUAAUAAAAUCAGAUUCUAAAAUCCAAUUACCAUCACAUAAGCAAGAGCAUUAUCAACAGCCAAUUGAGAAUGCUCUGCAAGAACCAGAUAAAAAGUUUCAACCUCUACAGCAGAAGAGAGUUUUUGAACAACAGAAGCAAACAUUGCAAAAGGAUGAAAUUAUUUCUAAAGCAGAGCAAAAAGAAACACUUUGUCUGUCGCAAAGAGAUGAUACACAAACUAUAUCUACACAAUCAAAUAUUUCCUCUCGAAAUAGGGCAUUAAAUGACAAUAGAAAUAAAUCUCCUUUAUCUAAUGUCAACAUUACAAGUAGAAUAAUGAAAAGUCCAGCAAUUGUUUCUCCACCUGAUAGUUCUGUUUCUAAUCAUGAUUCAGAUCGUAAUGCAGAUAUUGAAAGGUAUUUUAAUUCUCGUAAAAAUUUGGACUACAGUGGUAGCCAGAUGCACAAUGUUGAUCAACAACAAGCAUAUAUGCUGCAGCAACAGUAUAUGGUUGCACAGCAACAAUAUAUUCAGUUACAAUUGGCUCAACAAUCUACAGCCCCUGAUGGUAUGUAUGGAAUUCAGAAACAACCUGACAAAGAUCUCCCAGAUGUUGAUAAUGAACAUGAACAUCAAGAACGUCUUCGUUUUCUUUUUCAUCAGCGUCAAAAAGAGCCUUCAUUUGGGCCUCAAACAAUGACUCCUAUAAAAAAUACUUUAGCUAAUCAGGAUUCUUUAACUCAUCAUUAUGACCCAAUGCAUGGUCAAGGUUCUUCAAUAAUGGGAGGAAACUAUAUGCCAAGGUUGCCACAUUUCCCUGUGCCAAAUCCAGCUGACUCUCCUGCAUACCACCAAAUGGUUGUUGAAUAUAUGGAAAGAUAUAGGAAGAGUUUAGAGAUGGAUACAGCUGGUCCUCCAUUAAGUCAAGUGAAUAGCACAAUGAUGGCAGAGUUUACUAAGCAAUAUCAACAACAUCAUUACAACAAGUAUUACCAUUCACGACCUCAUCAAUCUUACUUCAAUUUUUCACCAAGACCAGAUUAUCCUAAUUACGAUGAAAGAAUGUAUACUGGGUAUGCUGAGAAAGGACCUCAUGAUUAUCAACAAGCUUUUCCAAGAUCAAAUAUAUUACCAAAUAAAUCUCAAUCAGUCAUUAUUGAUGAAAAAAACCGUGGCUACGGAACUGCAACAACUUUACAAAGGUCUUCUUCAUUUCAAAUAAGUCGCAUUGCUGCAGAUAGUACAUCUAAUGAUGAAUUUCUUCCUGGUAAAGAAAAAGAUUCAGAGCAAAAAAACUGUAACAUUUCACACAAGAACGACAGCAAUGAAAGUGAGAUAUCUAGCUCUAAAGCUACUGAUGGGCUUGUUGAUAAUGAAGGUUCCAUUACUUCAAACAGAGAACAUUAUGGAAGUGAUGAUGAGGAUGAUAUUUUUAAUCGCAAUCAAAAUAAACCAUUUAUGAAAAGGUCAAAUAGAGCUGAAAAUGAACUUAAAAAAAUUAAUGAAAGGCUUUUAAAAAAAGUUUCUGUUAUGUUAUCUGAUGAUGAGGAAGCUUUCCUUGGAAGAAAUCAGGAUGAAUAUAUUUCGGAUUGCUCAAGUCAUGUAUGCUCUGAUAGUGAAGAAGAGAUUCUUAGAGUAUCAAAUAAGAAACUAUGUUCAGAUCAUAAAAAAGACGAAAAUGAGUUUGGUAAUAACAAAAAAACUGAUAUUGUCCACCAAAAUGAACAAGAAAUUUUAGGUAGAGGUACUUCACUUAGAGUAAAUGAAACUUAUAUUCGAGAUCAGCAGAUUGCUGAAAACCAUAACAGUGAAGAGUUCAAGCACCAUUUGUAUCAUAAUGAAAAAGGUACAGUGCAGUCCUCAUCAUUUCCAAGUACUGAUAAAUAUACUAUAGAGCAGCCAGGUUUAACCAAUGGAGGCUCUUUAUCUAGGCUUCAAAAUAAUCAUAUACCUUUAUUUACAAAUAACCAGCCUACUUCAUACUUAAGUAACAAUUUAUAUUCAAGUCAAAAUUCGUAUCCUCAUCCAUCUGUGUACCAGCUGGGUGUUAUGGGUUAUCCUAAUGAAGGUAAUGAUAAGCAUUUCGAAAGUCGCCAGCAUUCAGCUUUAAAAAAUGAAAGCCAACCUGAUUGGGGUAGUUUUUCUGGAUCAAAUAAAAACAACUAUCAAAAAGCUGGUGUUUUGCAUCAGAGUCAGACAAAAUACUCAGGGUUUUCUUCACCUAGUCAAAACUAUAAUGCUGAAAGUGUCAGCACUUCAGAAACUUUAAAGACAAGUUUUUCACAUUUUCAUUCAAAAAGUUCUUUACCCCAAUCAGUAUCAUCUGUGUCUUCUGCCUCAAAUCCUUCGUUUAGUAACUCUCCUGAUUCAAGCUACUUUUCACCUACUAUUACCUCAUCAGCUAACAAUUCAAUAAAUUCAGACAAAGCCACUGUUUCGUUUUCAACAACAACAAGUUCAAAUAUAUAUUCAACUUGUCAUCCAAAUUCUAUGGAAAUAUCUGGAAAUUCUAUGUUUCAGCAAGGUAGUAUUUCUGGCUCAAUGCAAUUUCCGUCAUCAGGUAUAGUUAAUCCACAUUAUUCUAAUCCGAAUGGUCCAUACAUUCCACAAUCUACUAAUCCUCUAUUUCCUGAAUCUGGUAUGGCACCAUUUACUCAAUCAAGUUCUUUACCACCCCUAUCAAGUUCCAUUACUUCAAAUCCAAGCUUGAUUCAAUCUUCGCCAAUACCUGGUUCUGUUCCGCAAUCUUCAUCUCCUUUUAAAAUAAAUAGUUCACCUCAAAAAUCUAAUAUAGUGUCGCUUCACCCAAACUCACAGCGUUACCAUCAAAUUUUUUUUUAUCAACAUCAACUUUUAAUUAUGCAAUUCCAGCAAUAUCAGUUCCAGUUACAACUUCAGUUUCAGCAAUUAAAUCAGCAACAAAUUGGCCAGCAACAACAGUUUUUGUUGCAACAACAAUUUCAUCAACAGUUAAUGCUACUGCAACAGCAACUUGUCCAACAACAAAACCAACUUUAUCGAAUGGCUGCAAACGGAAUUCAAUUUACUGAGCACCAGCUUAAUGCAAUGUACCAACAACAGAUGCUUACUCAACAAUCUUAUAGUCAGUGGAUUGUGGCACUUUCACCUGAACAGCAAGUUUUAUUUCAGCAGCGUAUGCAGGCUUGCAUGCAACAAGUACAACACCAAAUGGCACAAAUUUUGCAACAGUCUUCAAGAAAAGAGGAAGAACAGAAGAAGAAGCCAAAACCUAGACGUUCUCUAAACAAAAAAAAAUCAGCAGCAUUAUUAGCUGCAGACUCAGUUCAAACAUCUCAGCCUUCUACAAAGUUUCCGGUGCCAGAGUUAUCUGAAGAAAUGAAAAUACGAACAGGACAAAAUUUAGUUGUUUCAAAAGAAGAAUCUUCACAUUCAGAGCCUAACCAGAUCACUUCUAAACCAGAUUCGAUUUUACCAACUAAUUCUGUAAGUUCAGACUCUAAACCAAACCAACAAAAUACUUGCAAACCAAAAACAGAGGAAAAAACAAUAAAUCCUAAUAUCAUAUCUCCUCAAUAUGAAAAAAUACAUGAGAGUUUUAUUAGACAUCAAAAACAAUUUCGGGGGGAAAUUCCUCCUGGUCCCUCACCAUUAUCAGGUUACUCGAGAUGCGAUACGCAACCCGGACAAGAUUUUCAAAGAACACAGCAAAAUGAUAUUUCAAAACCGGUUACAACAGUAUUAUCUGGUGAAAUAUCUCCAGGUAGUAUGCAUCAAAAAGCUGAACAACUUCUUAAUCCAAGAAAUACUGCUAUACCACCAAAACCAAGUUUUUUUCCAACUCAUCCAUCUAAGUUAUUUAAGCAAGCCACGGAAAAGUGUGAGAAAUCUCCUUCACAGGAGUCAUUAGUUUCUAAUGCUAUUCUUCCUAUGGGUGAAACUCCAUCUUUUGGUUCUCGUCCUGGCAUUAAUCAACUAAGUUCUGAACCAUCUCGUAUUCGCAAUCCUUUUCUUAAUACAAAAACUGGAGAAAGUUCUCCGUCAAAUAAUUCUGCUUUUAGUGUUAGCAAUUUGUUAGGAACACCCAAAAAACAAUCACUUGUUUCUACUAAUUCACAACCACUUUUUGAACCUGCAAAAAAAGCUAUUAUUACAUCGGAACAUCUAUCUGUAAGUCAAGUCAUUAAACAAAAUGAUUCUGAUCCUGGAACAAAUUCUCCAAACGACUUAGCUUGUGACAACAUGUACCAUAUGACAGAUGGUGAAACAGAAAAAUAUGAAGGAAUGAAUACACAGCUAAAGAAUCUAAUAAAAUUGCAUAACAAGAAAAAGGAUAAAAUUCUUGAAGAAAAAAAAAGACUGCGAGAAUUAGAAAGAAUUAAAAAAAAAGAGGAAAAAGAAAAAAUAAAAGUUAUACGAGAACAAAGAAAGGCUGAAAAAUAUCAGCAACGAUUGUUAAAACAAAAAGCGUUGCAAGAAGCAAAAGCACAACAGCUUGUAAUUAAAAAGCAUAACAAAAAAAUUAUAGUUCCAUUAGAAAUUCCUGACAUGCCAUCAGGUUCUAAAACUCCUACUAUAGUCAGUCCGCUUUCUUCAUUUACUCCAAAAACACCACCUAUGGUUGUUACGCCUAAAAUACCUCUUUGUGAACCAGAUGUGCAUUUAGUUUGUCCUCUUGUUCAACCUUAUGGUUUUAAUAGUUCUAACACAUUUAAAAUUACAGGAAAAUUUGGCUAUGCUCUGAUAGAAAAUGUAAUAGAUGUUUAUAAUGAAAAACCGUAUACAACCUCACCUAUUGCUACUAGUUCUUUCUUAAAACCUAUAUCACAAUGCAGUGUAGUUGUAAAUGACAUUUUAAAUGAUGUUUCGUUGUUCCCUAGUCCUGAACCAAAUAACGAGAGUUCAUUAAUGCAUUCUGAUAUACAAAAAGACAAACUCUUAGGUUCAAUUGUGAAAGAAGAGUCAGAAAGCGUUCGGACAAUAUCAAGUACUCAAAACAUUAUGAACUUUAAAGAUGAAGAUGUUGAUUCUGAAAUUGAAGAUACAAUAUCUCGAUGUAAUUUAUGUUAUGGUUUAUUGCAUAAUGUUGUUUUUUAUGUAGAUAAAAACAUGGAAAAUGUAACAGAAUGCAUGUAUGAUAAAUUUGAACUUAUGUCUUCUGAACAACUUGCAUUUUGCAGUAAUGAGUGUGUAGAAGCAUACCAAAGAAAAGUCGACUAUACUUUUGAGAAUGAUGAUCAAGAAUUAAUUGAUGCUGUUAAAGUUUCUUCAAUGGUUACAACUGAUGAGUUGCAUGUAUUUUUGCCAUUACCUUCAGAUGAAAUACGUGGUGAUGUUUGUGCAAGUGGCAUGAGUAAUAAACUUGUUUCAAAAAGCAAUUGUCGUUGGAAGCGUUGGCGUGUUUCAAGUGAUAAUGAAAAGAAAACAAAAAUUAAAUCUGUGAAAGAAGAUAUCAAUCAGCUUAUGAAAAAAUAUUCUGUUGCUUUAAAACCAAGUGAAAGCAUACGAGAUAGACGGCAAUGUUGUUUUUGUCUUGUUGUUGGUGACGGUGAAGCAAACCAAUCUUCAAGGUUGCUUAAUUGCAAUGUUGAUUCAUGGGUACAUCUUAAUUGUGCUUUAUGGUCAAGUGAAGUUUAUGAGUCAUUGAAUGGUGGUUUGCAUAAUGUUGACAAAGCACUAGCUAGGUCAAAACAAAUGAGAUGCAGUUAUUGUUCAAAAAUAGGUGCUACGUUAAAUUGCUCAUAUACCUUUGGUGCCCAGCAGAGGUUGCACUGUGAGAAAUCUUUUCAUUUUCAUUGUGCACUUCAGUCACAUGCUGCUCUUUAUAAAGAUAAAACUAUACUUUGUUCUGAGCAUAAAUCUCUUGGUAUUCGUAAAGAAGAACUUGAUUCAUAUGCUGUACAGAGAAAAGUUUAUAUCGAAAGAAACAUAACAGAACAAAUAGCAAGGAUGUUGAGUUUAAACAAUAGUUUUGAACGCAAAGAAUAUACAUUUCGUGUUGGUAAUUUAAUAUUUCAUGAAUUAGGACAUGUUCCAAUGCAGUUACUAGAUAACUUUUCAUCUAAAGACUUUGUUUAUCCGGUUGGAUUUGAAACAACUUCAAUUUUCUGGGACAAUCAUGAUAUCCAAAAACGACGUUAUUAUACUUGUUCGAUUAGCGAAUGUAUGAAAUCUCCAAGAUUUAAAGUUAAAGCUCAUUCAAAUGGUUCAGAAGGUAGUCUUUACACCAGUUCCACUGCUAAAGGUGCUAUAAAUGAAAUUAUAGCAAACAUUCAAAAGUUAAGAGAAAAAGAAAAUUGUUUGAAAGUUUUUCCAGAAUUUAUUUGUGGGGAAGAUUUUUUUGGACUUUCAGAACCAACUAUACAAAGAAUGAUUGAGUCUCUUCCUGGUAUCGAUACUAUUUCUAAUUACAACUUUCGUUUUGGUCGAACACCUAUUCUUAUAGCAGAAUUACCGCUAGCAUUAAACCCUACUGGAUGCAUUCGUACAGAAAAAUGUCGCAAGCAUCACACCAAACCACUUGCUAUGCGAACAGCAGCUGAACACACACAUACUUCGGACGCCAUAAUAACUGAUGAUAGUUGGCUUGUAUAUUCUCAGCGAAAUGUACAUAUUAUGAACACAAAAACUGGACAAUAUCGACGAAUGCGGCAAGAGUGGAGAAAUAGUGUUGUUUUAGGAAGGUCAAGAAUCCAAGGAUUAGGCUUGUUUACCAAAAAAGAUAUAGAAGAGAAUACCUUUAUUAUUGAAUAUAUUGGGUCUCUAAUACGAAAUGAAGUUGCUAAUCGGCUUGAAAAACACUACGAAAGACAGAAUCGAGGAAUUUACAUGUUCCGGAUAGAUAAUGAUACAGUUGUUGAUGCUACAAUGGCAGGUGGUCCAGCACGUUAUAUUAACCACUCAUGCGAUCCAAAUUGUGUCGCAGAAAUUGUAUCUAUUGAAAAAGAAAAACGAAUUAUUAUCAUAUCAAGCCGUAAAAUAGAUAAAGGCGAAGAACUUACUUACGAUUAUAAGUUUGAAUUAGAAGAUGACUCUGAAAAAAUUGCUUGUUUAUGUGGUUCAUUCAAUUGUCGAAAAUGGAUGAACUAAAUUUGUAAAUUUCUACUGACUUUAUACCUUACCCUCGACCGAUCUAUGGAAAAUUUGUAUCUAUAGCGCCUCAAAGUCCAUUCUUAAAUGUUUGGAACCAAAAUAUUCGCCAAGCUUUUUAAAGAAAAAGUCUAUAAAGAUUACCGUUUAUUUAUUGUGCAUUUUUCAAAUGUGCUAAAUAUGCUAACUACGAGUCUUUCCUUUGUAAAUAAAUGGUUUGCAGCCAUUGAUCUCAUUUUUAUAUUCUUUAAUUAUUUGUUUGUUAUGUCUUUCAAAUUUUAAAAUCGAUGUUGAAUUAAAAGUUGUACGUAGAAAAAUUUUAUCCUAGCAGUUGAGUUUAUUGUUUGUUUAUUUUAUUGUAAUCAAGUUUAUAAUCGAAGUAUAUUUGUAUUUACUUUCGUGUAUGAAAGAAACUUUAUAUAAUAA